UGAGCUGUCUCGGGUCUCUGGUAUAAGGGAGCAUUAAAGGGCUGCAUGCCUACAAGCAGCUGCUCAUUUAAGCCAAACAGCGCUUUCUCUCCUUGUAGCUCUGGAUCCAGGGGCAAAACCUUGUGUCUGGGAAUUUCAGAAGAACAUUUCUAAAUGGGAUUAACAGCGUUGUCUUUCACAGCCAAGGACUCAUUUCUGCAUCUGGAAUAUCAUCCGAUGUGCCUUUUGACAUCUGUGGAAGAGAUGGGAUUAACCAGAUCGCAGAAAAGUUGGGAUUUUUGAGAAAAUCUGAACUGAAAUGCAUCGGAUUGCAUUGAAAAGGAUGGAAAGAUAAAAACAAAAGCUUUUAAAAAAGCUACAAAGGAAACAAACGGGUAAAAAAUCAGCUUCUAACAGGGAGAGGAAAUGCACAGAGCUUGGAUUCUUCUCAUUGUAAUAGAAGAGGGCUUUGCUCUGGCACAAAAAAUCAGAGAGACGCAGAACGAAGAUGGCCCUCCAGCCAAAAACGAGCAGUGUGGCAUCUGGACCAAAACCAUCAGCGGAGGCCAGUUCAUGUCCCCCAACUACCCCAACACUUACCCACCUAACAAGGAGUGUGUCUAUGUCCUCGAGGCUUUGCCUCGCCAGAGAAUCCAGCUGGUCUUCGACAAAAACUAUUACAUCGAGCCCUCGUUUGAAUGCCGCUUCGAUCACCUGGAGAUAAGAGAUGGUCCCUUCGGUUUCUCACCACUCAUCGAUCGUUACUGCGGCCCGAAGAGCCCCGGCCUGGUCACAUCCACCGGCCGCUUCAUGUGGAUCAAGUUCACCAGCGAUGAAGAGCUCGAGGGCCUCGGCUUUCGCGUCAAAUACACCUACAUAGCAGACCCGGAUUUUAAAUUGCACGUGGGCGGACUCUUAAAUCCGAUCCCGGAUUGUCAGUUCGAGAUCAGUGGCUCAGACGGGUUCGUACGAUCCAGCCAGGUUGAAGAGGAGGAAAAAGUGAAACCCGGUGAAGCUCUGGACUGCAUCUGGACGAUCCGAGCGCCUCCUCGAUCCAAGAUCUACCUGCGCUUCCUGGAGUACCAGAUGGAGAACUCAAAUGAGUGCAAGAGGAACUUUGUGGCCAUUUAUGACGGCAGCAGCGCCAUCGAGAACCUAAAGGCGAAGUUCUGCAGCACGGUGGCCAAUGACGUGAUGCUGGAGAGCGGAGUGGGAGUCGUGCGCAUGUGGGCCGAUGAGACGAGUCGCCUCAGCCGCUUCCGCAUGCUCUUCACCUCCUUCGUUGACCCUCCUUGCUCUUCAAACACCUUCUUCUGCCAUAGCAACAUGUGCAUCAACAAUUCUCUAGUGUGUAACGGCGUGCAGAACUGUGUGUACCCUUGGGACGAGAACCACUGCAAGGAGCGGAAGUCUAAGGGCUUGUUCCACCAGAUUACCAAGACCCACGGCACAGUUAUUGGUAUCUCCUCUGGCGUGGUUCUCGUUUUGCUCAUCAUCUCCAUCCUUGUCCAGAUGAAGCAGCCUCGUAAGAAGGUGGUGUCACGCCGUCCAGCUGUCUUUAACAAAUCCGGCAUCCAGGAAGUGUUUGACCCUCCACACUAUGAGCUUUUCUCCCUGCGAGACAAAGAGCUCUCGUCUGACCUCGCUGAGCUGAAUGAAGAGCUUGAGAGCUUUCAGAAGCUGCGUCGUUCCUCUGCGACAUCUCGCUGCAUCCAUGAGCACCACUGCGGUGGCACUGGCAGUGUCAAGCAAAACCGCAGCGCGCUCGGCUCCAUGGAGCUCUCAUAUCACAAUGACUUCUCCAAAGCACAGCCCAUGAAGACCUUCAACAACAGCAGCCUGGGGAGCUACAAGAAGAGCUGCUACAGCUACAAACAGACUCACGAGUGUGCCGAGCAAGUUAUCGAGGACCGGGUCAUGGAGGAAAUCCCGUGUGAGAUCUACGGAAGGGGCGGGGCCAUGGGUGGGAAUGUUGGAGGGAUUAUGGGCGGGGCUGUGGGUGGGGCUACAGGAAGCAUUGGAAGUGGAUGCAGCAGCAUCAGCAUCCGUAACCAUGGCGGUGUCCGUAGCAACAACACUACUAGCGUCCCGGAUGCGAGUCAGCGCUCUAUUUCCAUGGACUUUUGAAAGACUGAAGGGAGGAAGAGGAGGAGGAGUAAAGAGGAAGAAAGAAAGAAAAAAACAGAAAUUAAUCAGACUCUUUUAUUGUCCUUUAUUUCUUGUGUGUUGAGUAACAAGUCAAAUCGUCUUCAAGAAAAUCAUUCCAGUCACCUUGAAUUACGUCUGGUAGACAUUCAGAAUGACCUUAAUUACUCAAACCCUUCAAGGCGUAUCCUUCAUUUCCUGUUUCACCACAAUAAGCCCCGGCUUCCUGAACAAGCUGACAGAGCGGAACCACAGAUGGUACUUAUGAUAGUGCUUUUCCACAACACAAUGCUGUACGAUGUGGCACUGAUUUCUAAUCCAGCCUGGUUUCUCCUGAUGUUAUGACAGAGUGCAAUGAUACAGGAUCAGGAUCUUCAGGGUCAGUUCAGCUUUUAACUCACUAUUUAGAUUUACAUCUUUAUUGGAAAAGUCACAAAACAGUGCAUCAUACGGAACAUUCUGGACUUUCUGGGACACUCCUGAAAAAAAAACAUUCCAGCUAGCGAGUGUAACUCCCAACUCCUAACUAUCCGAGAACUAACGUGUCGUAUAUCGUCGGCCAUGCCUCCUGAUCGCUGAUACACAGCAGGAGUCUGUAGUGAUUUUCACAAGCAGAGAUUUCAUUUAAAUAUCAGGUUCAGAAAAGUGUUCAUAAACACCUUUGUUGUAUCAUAGUGUAACGGAGGAUCAGACACCUUUACAGGUUUUGGGUUACAGCACUGACCGAGACCUAAAUAGACGAAGACGCCAAUUUGAAUGAAAUGAAGUGAAUCUUCACGGCUGUCAUGUUGUUUCUCUAUCAGAGCAGUGAAAUAUAAAGUGUUGUAUGAAACAAACUGUUUAAAACAUGCACAAAGGAUUCACUCGCAAAGGUGUUAGAUAGCUGGCUAAACUAGCGAACCGAUUUUCCAUCAGACUAAACACAAACAGCUCACAUGAUUAGACCCCGACAAAAUUCUGUGAGUGUGUGAGUGAGUGUAUGAGUGAGUGAGUGAGUGUGUGUGAGUGAGUGAGUGAGUGAGUGAGUGUGUGAGUGAGUGAGUGAGUGAGUGAGUGAGUGAGUGUGUGUGUGAGUGAGUGUGUGUGAGUGAGUGAGUGAGUGAGUGAGUGAGUGAGUGAGUGUGUGAGUGAGUGAGUGAGUGAGUGAGUGAGUGUGUGAGUGAGUGUGUGUGAGUGAGUGAGUGAGUGAGUGAGUGUGUGAGUGAGUGAGUGAGUGAGUGAGUGUGUGUGAGUGAGUGAGUGAGUGAGUGAGUGAGUGAGUGUGUGAGCGAGUGAGUGAGUGAGUGAGUAACUGAGGGAGAGAGAGUGAGUGAGUGAGUGAGUGAGAGAGUGAGUGAGUGAGAGAGUGAGUGUGUGUGAGUGAGUGAGUGAGUGAGUGUGUGUGUGUGAGUGAGUGUGUGUGAGUGAGUGAGUGAGUGAGUGAGUGAGUGAGUGAGUGAGUGUGUGAGCGAGUGAGUGAGUGAGUGAGUGAGUGAGUAACUGAGGGAGAGAGAGUGAGUGAGUGAGUGAGUGAGUGAGUGAGUGAGUGAGUGAGUGAGAGAGUAUUAUGGAUCCAGAGGCUGACUUUGUAUUUUGAAUUUCUUUGUAUUAAUUUUUUUUAUUUAAAAAAUAAUAACAAUUAAAUUACGUACAAGAAAAUUCAGGUGGGGAAAUCCUAAAUUCUUUUGCAUAUUAUUUAUCAAAAAAGUUAUUUAAAAAUGAACAGCACAUGACUUCUGGAGUAGUGUCCACUUUGUAGUGUGCACUCUGUCACCUAUCUAGGGCUCUAGCUUGUAUAUCUAUGAUUGACACCAGGAAGCCAUUUUAACUGUGUACCUUAUUAUAAGACAAUAUUUAGGGCUCAUGCUGUUGCUUAGCAUUAACUCAUGGAUUAUUUGCAUCGUUAAGUUAAAGCUGAUGAGUAUUAAAUAGUCAUGUUGCAUUUAUUGUCACUCCCUUUAAUCCUCACACACACAAACACACACACACAGACACACACACACAAACACACACACACACACAGAAACACACACACAGACACACACACGCACAGACACACAACACACACACACGCACACACACACACAGACACACCACACGAACUCACAAAACACACAAACACAAGAUAUCGGGAACAGUAUAAUAGUAGAAACUCUCCUACAGAUCGGUUAUAUCCUAUUGUUUUUUGUCACUGGCUGUAAGAUUACUUAAAAACUUUGUGUACACAUUUCAUUAGUGUCUUGUAGGAAAACACACAUCCAAAUAUAUUAUAUUGUUUUACUGUAAACAUACACACACACACACACACACUGUAUGACUGCCCAGUAUUCUGUAUCCGGGUGUCACACAGACCGAGCAUGGACAUUGUAAAUGAGGCCGACGCCUUUUUGUACAGAAAUAAUUCCUUUUGUUGGUGUAUGAAGGACGAUUCAGUGGAAUAUAUUUUCUAACCCAUGAACGUUGUAUAUCAGAUCUAUACUGCGCUUCCAUUUUAGUCAUGGCAUUAAUAAUUAUAAAAGAUAUUGGUGUAAGAAAUGUCCAGUUAUAUGUUUUAAUAA